AGUUUCUGCCAGGAGUUAAUAUGGCUCCCAUAGUUACAGCAUCCGCUCGUCACCUAAUCAGCAGCCUCACUGCCCAGACCAGGCUGCGGAUCAGGAGCAAAGUUUUCUUACCCCUCCGCUGACCACGACUACAGGAGAGUUUGAAGCCAGGCAGCACCCAGCGGAGUCAAACUCCGUAACCAGGGAAACACCACGUCCGCUGACGUCAUUACGGCGACACGUGGAUCCAAGAUGGCGGCUGCGAUGCAGGAUUGGUUGCCGUGGGCCCUGCUGCUUCUCUCUCUCACGCGUGAUACACGCGCCUUCUAUGUCCCUGGGGUUGCACCAAUCAACUUCCACCAGAACGACCCCGUAGAAAUCAAGGCUGUGAAGCUGACCAGCUCUCGAACCCAGCUACCUUAUGAAUACUACUCGCUGCCCUUCUGCCAGCCCAGCAAAAUAACCUACAAGGCAGAGAAUCUGGGAGAGGUGCUGAGAGGGGACCGGAUUGUCAACACCCCUUUCCAGGUGCUAAUGAACAGCGAAAAGAAGUGUGAGGUUCUGUGCAGCCAGUCCAACAAGCCAGUGACCCUGACCGUGGAGGAGAGCCGGCUUGUGGCCGAGCGGAUCACGGAAGACUACUAUGUCCACCUCAUCGCCGACAACCUGCCUGUGGCCACCCGGCUGGAGCUGUACUCUAACCGCGACGGUGAUGACAAGAAGAAGGAAAAAGAUGUGCAAUUUGAACACGGCUACCGGCUCGGCUUCACAGAUGUCAACAAGAUUUACCUGCACAAUCACCUCUCGUUCAUCCUUUACUACCACCGGGAGGACCUGGAAGAGGAACAGGAGCACACAUACCGUGUCGUCCGCUUCGAGGUGAUUCCCCAGAGCAUCAGGCUGGAGGACAUCAAAGCAGAUGAGAAGAGUUCGUGCAUCCUGCCUGAGGGUACCAACUCCUCACCCCAGGAAAUUGACCCCAGCAAGGAGAAUGAGCUGUACUUCACCUACUCUGUACACUGGGAGGAAAGUGACAUCAAAUGGGCCUCUCGAUGGGAUACUUACCUGACCAUGAGUGAUGUACAGAUCCACUGGUUUUCUAUCAUUAACUCUGUCGUGGUGGUCUUCUUCCUAUCAGGCAUCCUGAGCAUGAUCAUCAUUCGGACCCUCCGGAAGGACAUUGCCAACUAUAACAAGGAGGAUGACAUUGAAGACACCAUGGAAGAGUCUGGGUGGAAGCUGGUGCACGGUGACGUCUUCAGGCCCCCCCAGUACCCCAUGAUCCUCAGCUCCCUCCUGGGCUCAGGCAUUCAGCUCUUCUGUAUGAUCCUCAUCGUCAUCUUCGUGGCCAUGCUCGGGAUGCUGUCGCCCUCCAGCCGGGGAGCUCUCAUGACCACAGCCUGCUUCCUCUUCAUGUUCAUGGGGGUGUUUGGUGGAUUUUCUGCUGGCCGUCUGUACCGUACUCUGAAAGGCCAUCGGUGGAAGAAAGGAGCCUUCUGUACGGCAACGCUCUACCCUGGCGUGGUUUUUGGCAUCUGCUUCGUUUUGAAUUGCUUCAUCUGGGGAAAGCACUCAUCAGGAGCAGUGCCCUUCCCCACCAUGGUGGCCCUGCUGUGCAUGUGGUUCGGGAUCUCCCUGCCCCUUGUCUACCUGGGCUACUACUUCGGCUUCCGCAAGCAGCCAUAUGACAACCCUGUGCGCACCAACCAGAUUCCCCGGCAGAUCCCUGAACAGCGGUGGUACAUGAACCGAUUUGUUGGCAUUCUCAUGGCCGGGAUCCUGCCCUUCGGCGCCAUGUUCAUUGAGCUUUUCUUCAUCUUCAGCGCCAUCUGGGAGAAUCAGUUCUAUUACCUUUUUGGCUUCCUGUUCCUUGUCUUCAUCAUCCUGGUGGUGUCGUGUUCACAAAUCAGCAUCGUCAUGGUGUACUUCCAGCUCUGUGCAGAGGAUUACCGCUGGUGGUGGAGGAAUUUCCUAGUCUCCGGGGGAUCUGCAUUCUACGUCCUCGUCUAUGCCAUCUUCUAUUUUGUUAACAAGGUACUGCCCUGGGUGAGGAAGCCCCCAGCCCUUUCAGGGCAGGUUGGGGGAGAGGAGGAUGCUAGGGAAAAACCCAAGUGUCAGAGUCUCUCCUGCCAAGAGUGGGGAGAACCAAAGCCAUUUUGUUCUAGAACGUGCAUCUUUUUAGAACAGAGAGAAUCUGUGUUCUCUGUGUUUUGGGAGACAAAAGCCUGUAGGAUAAGUGACAGAAUAUUGCAUGCAAAACCUGUGAGAUAGAGCCAAAGCAGAACUUAAAGGAAAUCUCUCCCCUUAAAGUGCUAUUCAUAAUAAAUACGAGGGACACCUCAAGCUAGGAAAAAAAGAGCAAUAAUACGAAAGAAUAAAGAAAGUAGCUGAGAAGGGGUUAAUAAAGAUACAAGCAGAAAAUGCUGAAAUCACCUUUAGCGCCCAAAUUUAGGAACUCAGGUACACCCCCAGAGCUCACUGCCCCCAAGAGUGGCGUGAGGCAAAAUAUAAACAGAUCCCCACUCGCCACGCCAGUUGUGGUAGGUUCACGCAUGACACGUAAGCCAGGUGGGCCCCUGAGAGGAAUGUAGGCUCGCUCUGGUGGGCCCCUAACCCCCAAGGCUACCACCGAAGACUGCGUCCCCCACGGUGCGCCAGUGGCCGGGUCUCCAGAACCCAAAGACAGGCAGUCCUCUGCUUGCAAGCAGGGUGUGUUCCCAAACCAGAGUCACGGGUCAGUUGGUGGAGGCUUGGGAUGCCCUUUCUCAAAAUGGUCAGGUUAGAAAGGAUGGUGUGGAUCAUCCUAAGAUGGUGCUCCACCGCGGCUCCCAGUUUGCUGACCGUGCCCCUCUUCUCCAGCUGUCCCAACAAGUGAUCGCAGAGCUCAGGGCUCAGCAAACUCAAGCACGAGUGCCGGUGGGCCUGUUUCUGUAAAGAAAGUGUUAUUGGGACACAGCCGUGCUCAUUCACUUACGUCCUGUCUGCGGCUGCUCUCACGUGUUAGUGGUAACGUAGCGUAGUCGUGACAGGGGCCACAUGGCCGGUGAAACGUAAGCUCUGUAUAACCUGGCCCUUUGAGCAGAAGCGUGCUGACCCCCGCUGUGGGACAUCCAGUGACAGGAGACACCCCCUCCUGGCAUUCUCAUGCUCUUUGGCUAGCUCCUGGCAUUAUCAGGGUCUUCCUUGAUUCACACUGAAAUCUGCCACCCUGUCACUUCCGUCUUUAGGCCAUAGUCUCAGUCCUAGAAUCAUUCAGAACAAAUCUGAUUUCCCUCCUCUAUAGCCCAUAUUCAUCAGAACUCCUGAGGGGAAAGUGACUAAAACUGAAUUCCAGCUGGCUUAAGCAAAAAGAGAAUGUACCUACUGGUAGAACUGGAAGGUUUAAGAAGCUAGAGUUCUAGUGUCAGGCAUGGUUAGAUCCAGCAUUUCAAAGGAUGUGGGGGCUCUGUAGCCACGCCUGAGAUCUGUGUGUUUUCUUGGCUUUAAUCUGCACGUAGGAUCUUGCCUCAGAGUGGAAAGAUGCCAGUGGCUGCCCUAGAGUCUUCUUUUUUCAGCCUCACAGCCCUAGAGCUAAAAGAACAUCUUUCCUCUACUGUCAAGUGAUCAGUCCCAGGGAAGCUGCUCAUCAGCCCAGGUUACAUGCCAUCCCUCACUGUUACUCAGGUCCAGCGGGAUGGUGCACUCUCAUCAACUAGCUUAGGUGUUGUAUUAAAACUGACAGCCCCGGGCGCCUGGGUGGCUCAGUCGUUAAGCG